UAUUUGGGCGUUGUAUCUCGCAUCUCAUUAUCAAAAGAGAACAAUUUCAUUAUCCCCACCUCGUAUCCCAAAAUAAUAUAUUUUAUUUGAGAGAGUGCUAUAUUUAUUAUUUUUCUCUGAUCAGUUGAUCACAGCUUUACCUUUCGUUAUCUCUUUUCCGCGGUUUUAUUUGAAAACAGACGCUCUUGAGAGCGAGCACGCGACGCGUCUGAGGGAGAAGCUCGCGCUCUUUGUUCAUUCAUUUGAUCUGCGAUUCUUUGUUGCGUGUGAAAGCAUGGGAGCGCAAAUCUCAAAAAACGGAGCAAAAGAGGAGACUGCUGCCGAAAAACCAGUCGAGACUGCGAAUAAAUCAAAUGGACAGGAGAAUGGCCAUGCCAAAACCAAUGGGAAUGCCUCUCCAACUGCAGAAGCAGCCACGGAGGAUGUUCAAGCCAAUGGAAAGCACUCUGCUGAUGGAGAGGUAAAAGCAGAAGAGGGAAAGGCAGAGGAAGGAGGCGCAGACAAGGCCGCUCCAGAGGGGGAUGCGGAAAGUUCUGCCGUUGCGAAUGGUGAAGACUCGGCCAAGACAGAAGAAAACGGUUCUACCCCUGCGAGCGCUGAGCCUGCCAAAACCAAAAAGCGCUUCUCCUUUAAGAAACCAUUCAAACUCAGCGGCUUCUCCUUUAAGAAGAGCGCCAAAAAAGAUGCUGAAGGUGGAGAGGCGGCGGCGGCCGCAGCUGUGGAGAAUGGAGAGCAGAAGAAGGAUGCUGAACCUGAGUCUGAGGAGGCCAAGCCUGAGGCCUCCAGCGAAGAGGCCAAAACGGAGGCUCCAGCUGAGGAACCCAAAGCCGAUGAACCCAAAGCUGAGGAACCAGCCGAAAGCAAUGAGGAAAAACCAUCCAACGAGGUAGCCGAAGAGAAGCCCGCUGAGGAGAAGCCAGCAGAAGCUGCUCUUCAGGAACCAGCAGCCACAGAGAGCUCAGAUGCCCCGGUCGCUGCCACAGAGUAGGAUGGAGGUGAAAAGCCCAUUUUAGAUGAAGUCCGAGGAGCACAAACAUGGAAAAUUUGUACAAAACCAAUGACAUUUCAAAUCUCCCAUACUUCUCCCAUACUUUCAUCCAUUCCUGUUCCAUCCACUACAUUGUAUAUGGCAUUUUGAAGGAAGGAAGUUGGAUGGAAUGAUUGGAAGUGAAAGGCACAUUUUUUCCCAUGUUUUUCAUCAUUUUUUGUAGCAGUUGUGUAAGUUGUGUGGGUGUGUGAGUGUGCUUGCAUGAGUGAGAUUAAUAGAGCAUUGCUUGUUUCAAAUGUUUGUUUUUUUUCUUUGUUUUUUUGUUUUUUCUUUUGUAGAACUUACAUUAGUUGUUGUAAGGACAUUGAGUUGAAAUGUUAGUUGAAGGUACUGGUGCCAUUCUAUUUGGGUAAAUCAAGCGUGUGGAAAACGGAGCUAUUAGAUACAAUUUACAGAUGUUAUUGGUCACUUUUUUUUUUCUUUUCUUAUUUUACUGCCGUUACAUCAAUCAUCAAAACAGGUGCUUAAAACCUCAGCAGCUGCAUUGUGUGAAACUGCAGCAUUAUGUAUUGGUAUUGGCUUUUGUCAUUGCUGGAUUUUAUGAUGUUGAAAUGGCUUUCGUUUUUUCUUUAUAUCUGUGGUAUCAAUUGAAGUUUUUUUUUUUUUUGUUCUCUCUUUCUGGAAAAAAAACCCUGUUUCAUGGAGAAUAAUGUUCUGAAAUGUUUAAAAUCAAAACAUUUUGCCUGUCAUGUGUAAUGCAGUCAGUGUUUUUUUAUUCCAGCAGAGUUCCACAAAUGUUUGAAAAAUUGCCGGUGCAAUCGUCAAGUAGAUAUUUUUUUUUUCUUUCCUGUAAAUACUUCAGCACCAUCUCUACUUGAUUUUUAAAUGGAAUGUAACUGCGUGCAAAUUGUUCACAAUGCUUCUGUUACCCCUUCAUUUUAGGGGCACUCAAAACAAAAAUAAAGGAUUUAGACAGACA